GAUGACGAGAAACAUCUGAUGUGUUUUUUUCUGCACCAAUAAAAUUUUUCACUUAGCGCUGGCUCAAAAUAGUAAUAGAAAAAUGUGCUAUAAGUUAUUAAUUAUAGCAGCACUCGUCGCCCUGAGUAGUUGCGAAGUGGUCAUCGGUCAAGAGGACGUCGUGGACGAGGUUUCCGGCCACUACACAAUCGAGGGCAAAGUGUAUGCUCCCGAAGUGGGCCCCGGAGCGAGUCAGGGUCAUGCGGUUACCCUGCCAAGCGGCAACAACAAAUGGCAAGUAGAUCUGUCUAUAAGCAUUAACAAUGGCGAGUACAAGGGAUUUGUGCGCGAGGAUGGACAAUUCAUAAUCAGCGGAGUGCCCUCCGGCAGCUAUGUGCUAGACAUCUAUCAUCCGGACAUAUUCUACGAGCCCGUGCGCGUUGAAAUCAAUCCCAAAGGCAAGUUCCGGGCACGCAAAGUAAACUACAUGCAGCCGGCACAGGUGGUACAAGUGCCCUACCCACUCAGGAUGAAGCCGCUUAUGCGAUUCAAGUACUUCCAGACCCGCGAGCAAUGGAAGAUAACCGACUUCCUGUUCAGCCCAAUGGUGCUAAUGAUGGCCCUGCCCCUGCUACUUAUGCUGGUGUUACCUAAAAUGAUCAACGAUCCGGAGACAAAGAAGGAAAUUGAGAACAUUCAAUUUCCCAAGAUGACAAACGAUAUGCCAGAGAUCAGUGAAAUGCUGACCUCGUUCCUGGCAGGUAAGCAGCCCGAACCGAAGGAGAAGAAACCAAUUGCCGCUAGCAAACAAACAAAAAAACGCAAUUAACAAUUGUGCCGUAAAUUAAUUUGAUAAAGCCCUAAGCUAAUA